GGGAGUGGAGCCGGCCCCUGAAGCGGAAUUUCAGAACGAGAAGCCCUUGUCUCUGGGCCUAUACCUGCGUGUUUUUUGUCACCAUGUCGGCAGGCAACGGCACCCCUUGGGGGUCAGCAGCGGGGGAGGAGAUCUGGGCGGGAUCAGGAGUAGAGGUGGAGGUCGCAGAGCUGCUCACCUUCUCAGCUGCCGCCAAGGUCCGAGUGGGAGUGACUGUGCUGUUUGUUUCUUCGGCUGGAGGGAACCUGGCCAUGCUGUGGUCAGUGACACGGCCGCAACCCAGCCAGUUCCGCCCCUCUCCGCUUUCCUGCCUGUGGUCAUUGGGCUCGACCGCCAGGCAGCCGUACUCCACCCGCUUGGACCCCGCUCAACUGGAAGGAAACUUCUGGGAGCAGCCUGGGUACUCGUUUUCCCGCUUGCCUGGAAGGCUCUACCACUAACUAGCUGGAUGACUUUGGAUAAAUCACUUGAAACAUAUAGGCCACAAGAUUAUGGAAUAGAAGAUGCA